AUGAAUUAUGAUUAUAGCUUCGACACCGAGGAAGAUUCUUCACAUGUACCCCCAGGUACCCUUCAAAAUCUUGCGGCAGAAAAGGAAGCUGAAAAGGCGGCAAAUUGUGCUAGAAUUCUGACGGAAACUUUCGGUCACACAGAGUACAAAGGGAAGCAAAAGGAAAUUGUCGAGGCUGCUACUUCUGGAUUGGAUGUCUUUGUAUUAGCACCGACGGGAAUGGGCAAGAGCCUGUGCUUUCAGAUUCCAGCGAUCGCAGAUAAGUUCGGCAUCUCCAUCAUAGUUUCGCCACUAUUGGCCUUGAUGAAAAACCAGGUAUCGAGUCUACGCCGCAAAGGACUUCCCGCGGUCUCUUGGACGUCGGACACACCGAAGGGUGAACGGGAUCAAAUCAUCGAAGACCUCGAAUCAGGGAAACCACAAACUCGUCUUCUAUAUACCACACCUGAAAAGUUGUGCACGCGUGAAAUGACGCGUCUUCUUGACAUCGUUUAUGUCGAGGGCGAACUCAAUAGACUGGUUGUGGACGAGGCUCACUGCAUCUCUGAGUGGGGCCAUGACUUCCGUGAGGAAUAUCGCAGGUUAGGUUCUUUCCGGGAACGAUUUCAUGGAGUACCCAUUAUGGCCCUCACAGCAACUGCUACUCCGAGUGUUCAAACAGACAUUAUACGCAACCUCAAGAUGUCCGAAGAAAGACUGUUCACCGCUUCGCACCCCUUUAAUCGCACCAACCUAUUUUAUGAUAUCAAAUACACCGCUGCGCUCGACUCCCUAUCUCGUAUGUCAGCUGUAUACGAUUUCGUAAUGACCCUACACCGUCGUCGGGCCCGACCGAGCUCUGGGAUCAUUUACUGUCGUACCCGUGCAGCGUGUGAUGAACUAUCGGCCUUUCUAAGGGGAAAAGGAAUCAGUGCCAGGCCAUAUCAUCGUGGAAUUAGACCCCACAUGCUUGAUAAGACGUUGAGCGAAUGGGAAGCGGGUGGAAAUGGCGAUGGUGGUGUCGACGUGGUGUGCGCAACCAUCGCUUUUGGAAUGGGGAUCGAUAAAAGCGAUGUUCGUUAUAUUAUUCACUACGACCUUCCAAAAAGCUUCGAAGGGUAUUAUCAAGAAACGGGGCGAGCAGGCCGCGAUGGCUGCCCAUCUAAAUGUGUCCUCUAUUACUCUCGUGAAGACGCCUUCCGCCUCCGCAAGCUGGUUUCUGAUAGCCAUGCCAAGAGACAACACGUAGCAAGCACCAUACACGGUCCCCAACCCAGUCAAAGAUCCAUUGACAGUUUCAGUGCAUUGAUUGACUAUGCGGAAAACGCAACUAUGUGUCGGCACGUGUCUAUCUGCAAGUAUUUUGGUGAAAAAAUCGAUACGAGCGACAAGGAGGUCGUCAAGAGCUACUGUGAUAAUAUGUGUGAUGUGUGCAAAUACCCUGACAAAACCCUGCGCAGAAGACAGAAUCUCUCCUCAGAGGACCGCGUUGCUGCACUAUCGCACUCGCGUUCCUUCAAUGCAGAUGCAUUCGAAGACGACGCCGAGAAUUCACGUCCGGCGCCUCGAAAGCCUCCUCCCGGCCAGCACAAUCCUGGACAGGCGGGAAGUGUUGGGUUGAGAGGGCCUAACACCUGUCCUACAGGUCCGCCCACGAAGAAGGCAAAGCUAGAGGCACUGCCGCCUGCAUUGAUCACGAAGCCUUAUAGUUCUGUCAAUACCUUAAGGAAGCCAUUCAAAACGCCAUUUAAAGUGCCGUUCAAACAACCUCCACAAGAAACGUGUGCCAUACAGUCUUCGGAUGCUCAGCAAACCACCCAAGAAGGUGAAGAACAAAACCACGACAAUGACGAGAUUGAAGUCGUCGAGGUUUGCUUUAAUUCUGCCCGGCAAGCUUCGCGAGACGAGCUGCUACAAGAUGAUGUCUUGGAAGAGGAGCCUACGGACUUUGGGCAAGGCGGUGGCGAUAUCUUGCUCGAUGAUGAACCUCAGAUAGACCUGCCCGACAUUGAUAUUGAACUGGAAGCGAUGAUCUCCAAGAAAAUACCCGAACCAGCAAGGAAAGAUGUCUUUCGCACUAUUAGACAAGCAUUGCACAGAGUUCUCCGCUGGGGCGAUAACGAUGAAGGGUUAUGGGUUAAUUUGAGCAACGCUCCGUCCAACGCCGAAGCAAGAUAUCUACUUCUGGCAGAAGCCGCUAAAAAGAUAGAGUACUCUGUGCACACAAUGUCUGCCACUGAGUCUGGUUACAACCAGAGAGCAAAGGCAAAAUUGGAUGUGGUCAAGCUCAUGGAGCAUAGGGAAAGUCUUUGGCCAAUCGACGCGGCUCAUUAUGACGAUGACGAAGAGGAAGCGAUUGAGAUGAUAGGAUUGUUGAGGAAUAUCUGCAGUGGCUGGAGAAAGAUUGGUAAAAGAAAAGCCCCAUGA